AUGCGCAGUCCUGGAAACCGGUCGUCCAGGGGGCCGGAGCUACGUAAGCAGUGCGUAAAUGUUGCGUUUUGCAGCUUCAUCGGUCAGCUUCGGCCGCAGAAUAGGCAACAGGGGCACAGAAGCUACGGUUUCGCCCACCUGAUGGGGCAUGCAAAGUGGGCAAAUGAACUGAACCCGACAAACGAUGUGGAGGUCAAGCCAGAUACCUCAACCUGGGCCUAA